CUCAGACUCCUCCGUGGGUCAGGACUGUUCGUUGGUCUAGGCUCAGCCGGGAGGGCAGUUACUGGAAUGUGCGGGGUCAGGGGCUGCGACCCAUCAUCCGUAGGGUCAGGCCAUGCAGGGACACAGUGUAUACAGCCGGCCCUGGGCCUGGAGAAGUGCUUAAACCUUGCUGCUUGUGGUGAGCGGAGGAGCCCAAGAGCAGACUGAGGCCACUGGAGAGGCUGACAGGCUGACAGGCUCCCUGGGGACCAGGACAGGGGACCCAACCCCUCCCCCGACAUCCCUGUGCUCCGCAUGGACAAGGACAGACAGACAGCUUCUCGAGGGCCCAUGGCCACAAGAGCCAGCCACACCUGCCCCUGCAGCUGGGGCAGAGAGGCUCAGAGGAGGUGAAGGGACUGAAGGACCCGCUCACCAGGCUCCGCCCACUCCCAGCGCCCGGCAGGUCCCCAGCACCUUCCUCCAGGGCCUCCUGCACUGGCAGCUCCUCUGAAGGUCUUCAGUGACAGGUGUGGAUCCGGUUUGGAUGCGGAUGGAGUGGAAGGAGGCGGCCCCAUGGGUGGCUCCCGCCCCCCACAAGAUGCCCCGCCCCCCUCCUGUGGGCUCAGCUUCAGUUUUCCAGGAUAAGGGAGGCCUCAAGGGCACAGAUGCCUCCUCCCUGUCCCACGGGGGCAGGACAGGACUUGGCGGCCCCUGGAGAGAUCCUGUGCCUUCUGGCUUCCCCUGGAAACGUGUGCCUGGCAGGCCUCCCUUGUGCUGCGCUCCUGGUCUCAGCCCUCCCUUCUGCCAGGAAAGGGCCGGUUCCUGCUGGGCCAGCUGGGGCCACUUCCUAAACUCCCGGGGCCUCGGCCUUCUCCUCCUCCUCCCGCGGGAGACCCUGGGACAGCCUUUGAACAGGGCGGACAGCUGGGAGGUGGGCGUCCAAGGGACCAGGGCUGACCUGAUGAUGCCCCUCAGAUGCCUGGGUUCAAGGCCUGUGGCGCCACCUGCUGGCCGUGUGCUGUGGGCACGUGUAAGAACCUCUUGGUGCCUUUGCUGUCCUCCCAAGGUGGUGGUAAUGAGGGAACCGCCUCCGCUGGCGUCUGCGCAGAGACCCAGGGCGCAUGUGGGCUUCUGGGCGAGGGUCACCCCUCAUUCCGGUUCGCUGCGGGGAGAGCCUCGGAGCAGCAUGAGCUUUCUGAGCCCGGCCAUCCUUGUCCACGUCAGGCCUCAGCCCGGAGGCUGGGGGGAGCUAAAGGUCAGAGUGUCCUUCAGCAGCCUCCCAGGGAGCCAGGAGUCCGUCCCUCUGCACUCUCCAAGGCAGGGUCCUGUUGGCCUGGCCAGUGAGUCCAUUUUCCAAGAAGGACUCAGCAGGUGAGGUGACUGGUGUUCUCUUUGGUUUUGUUUCUCAUGACCGAAAACAGGAGUAUGUGAUUGUUUCUCAUGCACCCUCAAUUGUAAUCAAGUUUUAAUCACCCGGAGAGGAAGCAAAAGUCCAAGUUCAAUGCUAAGUCCAUCUCUCCCAUGAAAAGAGAAGAAGGUCAUUGCAGGUGGAACAUGAUUGGGGGACCAUGGACCUCACGGUGUCACUCUGUGGCCCAGGCGGUGAAUUUGGUUUGAGGACCUCUCUCUGGAAGGGUUUCAUGACCAGAUCAUCCUGGACAUGGCUGCACAGGCUUUGGGCUUCAACGUAUAUCUCUUGCUAGGCCAUGACUUUCUCCUCAUUUAUUCUCUCUUCCAUUCUGUUGUCUUUUGGGGCUCAUUUGUUGGUUGUUCACAGAAUCUUACAGAGUAACUCUCUUCCAGUGAAUCCCAUCCCCAGAGAGCUCAUGUUGGCCUCCUCAAGUUCUUUCUGGAAUCUGCGUCCUUGGAGGAGCUCUGCUGGUGUUUUCAAAAGGUUCCUUGUUGGCUUGCCUUUAUUUUUUUUUUUCAGAAGCAGAUACUCUUUUAACCCCUUUUUGCUUUUUUGUGGUGACUUUUUUUGAGCUUUUACUAAAUCCAUCGUUGAUCCCUUGAUUGGUUUAUGGAGUGUACCAGAAGAAAAACAUGGUCAUUAUGGGCUCCCCGCGAGACUUCAGAACUACCUGACCUAAGCCUGUAAGCCUGGGUGGGGUAGCCAGCACCAACCCAACCUUGCCCUCUCCAUCUGUAGCGUUAGAUAUUGAGGGUUUGUCUAAGAUUAUGGGGUUUUGGCUCCAAUGGAUCAGACAAGUCAGAACUGGCCUAGGUACUUCCUUUAGAAGACUGGUUUUCUCAUGUCCUUCCUAUUUCUCCAGGAGUAAUGGACUUGUUUAUUUCACUCUCUGUUGUUUCAAUUCUUGUGUCUUGUUGAUUAGGGAGUGUCACUAAGUAGUUGUCAUCCAAGGUCCAAGGAUUGGCCACUGAGAUAUGACCCUCCCCUCAAGAGGGUUUGUACCUGAUUUGUUGGGCUUUACUUGAGGCAAUGACCGGCCACCUUCCUCACCCCCAUGGCAUCUCAUCUCCCUGAAGGAGCCAUCCCGCCACACUGGUUAUGUCCCAGUGCCCCAGUGGUCCCAGAUGGACUCGUCAAUAAGAGUUGAGUUUGUAGGGUAUUAGGAAGGAAUGUGUCAGAAGAAGUGUAGGGGCUGGAGAGUCUCUAUGUGCCCAGACUUCUCUACACCUUGUCCCCAGGGGACAAGUGAUUACCCGGCCAACAGCCAGCUCCUAUUCUAACUGAAUCUCAGUGGAACCUUUGCAUUCACCCAUUCCCUCCCUCUGCGACUCAUCCACGGACAUCUUCCUGGAUCCACCUGCUCUCUGAGUCCCAUUGCUGCUGAGGGAACCAUCCUGACAACAUUCUGUGUCUUCCUCCAGCUUGGCCUGUCUCCCACUCCAUCCUACCUGUCCACUGUUCCCUAUAGAGUCAGAAAAUGUCCCAUGCUCUAGAGGUUAAAAA